AUGGGACUCACAGACUUCUUCGCCACUUUUAUGCUAUUAUGCAUCUUCACAGUACAACUGGCCAACAAUGGCCUAGAUGAGGCCACAUUCAAGCACAUGAAGCAGCGUGAGGAACAGCUUGACAUGCAGGUGACUCAGUUGAUGGAGCUGAGGCGCCAGGAGCAGCAGGUCUUUGCCUGCAGAGCCCUGCUCCUUGCUGUCUGGCAGCAGUGGCAAUUCUGGGCCACUGCUGCAGUCCUGGUUGUGCUCUUCGGGCUCUGCUGGUGGCUCAAGAAAAGGAGCCCUGGGCCACAUGGAAGCAAGGAAGAGGAGUGCUCCAGCAGUGACACACCCCAGCCAGCCAGAAGCAAGGAAGAGGAGUGCUCCAGCAGUGACACAUCCCAGCCAGACAGAAGCAAGGAAGAGGAGUGUUCCAGCAGUGACACACUUCAGCCAGCCAGAAGCAAGGAAGAGGAAUGCUCCAGCAGUGACACACUCCAGCCAGCCAAAAGCAAGGAAGAGGAGUGCUCCAGCAGUGACACACCUCAGAAGGAGGUAAAAGAUGAAGGAGAAAGUAUUUCUGAGGAUGAUAAUGCUACAGUUCUUUUAAGCAACGUCCCGUGGACAGUGUCCAAUCUGUGUGACAAGAGCAGAAUGGUGCAGGAGCUGGUGGCUGACUUCCUCUGUGUCUUCCAAAGACAUUUGUCAAAUAGUAUUUUCCCAGUCCUGCAGCCGGCCAUUGGGGUGGGCAGCGCCUUCGAAGGCUGGGCUCCUCAUAAGAACCCAAUAUACUGCAUGUUUGUGCCCUUGAAGCCUCCCCAUGGCUACUCUUUCAACCUGGAGCCAGAGCCUGUGGUGGAGCUGACGCGAAGGAACUUCCGCAUCCGUGUGUGCCAGGAGUGCACCUGCACAGUAAAGAGGCCAGCAGCAAACGUGCUGUGUUUCCUCCACCACCCUGAGGAGGAACUGAGGAGGAACCGGGGUCCUAGCCUCUUCUACAUCCUCUGCAAAGGUGCCUACCUAGAUGUGGAGAAAAUUGCCCGCUGGUUCCAGAACUUCAUGAAAUCAGUCUGGAAGGAGCUGCCUCAGUCAUGUUGCUACAAGAUGCAGUUGCAGUCCUCCAGGCGCUCCUGCAAGCUAAAGCUGACAAAUGCCUCUGAAAGUCCUAUCUUCAUUGACCUGAUCUUUGGCAUGCAGCAAGGUGACUCAGACAUCUUUGUGAGCAGCCAGACCUCACUAGAUGAGCCCCUCACCCCAAGCACAUCAUGGCCCGAGAGCUGUUCUAUAGCAGAGGCAAAGCUCUUCAGGCGUAUGGCCAGGGAGGCCCAGUCUGGCAGCUGCCACCUCAAUUGCCUGCAGCUCUGCGCUCACAUAGUGGAAGGAACAGGCUUUUCCACCUAUACAAUGAAGACAAUUGUGAUGCACCUCCUGGCCACCACACCUCUGUCAGCAUGGCACAGGAGGUAUUUACUGUCACGCCUGAAGGACGUCAUGCAGGCACUGCACUGCUGCCUGGAGAAAAAGCGUCUCAACCACUUCUUCUUUGGCAACAACAAUGUGCCUGUGGAUAUCAUCUUGCCCCCGGGCUUCCGGGAGGCUGAACCAAUCAACAUCUACAAGCGCUUGGCAGAGGAUGCAUCCCUCCAUGCUGAGGCACUGUGUGACAUUGAUGCCAUGACAAGACAGCUCUUCUAUGGAAAAGGAAAGAGGCCUUCAAAGAGAGAUGAGGCUGAGGUGGUGAUGAUGCCCAAAGCUGAUGGUAGAAGACCAUCUCGUGCAGGAGGGAAAACACGGGCAGAAUGCAGCAAGAAGAAAAGAUCACCCACAGUGGGUGUUCAACUUCUUUGA